AUGUUACUUUUGUUAUACAUAGAUACUAUAAAGAUAGAAAAUGUUCAGAACGUUCACAAGAAAUUUGUUUUAGAACAAAACGAAUUGCAUCCAAACUGCCGAGGCAUAAAUUCCCAAGACUCGCCAAAGUACCCAAAGUAUUACAGUAAGACAGUCAGAUUGACAAGUUUCGUUGACUGUGGAGAUAUUGUGAUCACACCGGAAAAUCUGGCUGAAGCGGGCUUCUUCUACGCUGGUUUCGGAGAUUGCGUCAGAUGUUUCCAGUGCGGUGUAGGAUUACGUCACUGGUCGGAAGAAGAUGAUCCGUGGAUAGAGCACUCUAGAUGGUCAAAGGAAUGUUCCUACGUGCGACAGAUGAGAGGACAGGAGUUUGUUAAUCUCGUGCAAAUGGCAGUACAAUAUUCUCAAAACCAAAAUGGUGAUGACCUGUUGUCACAAGAUACAAGCGGUGCAGCUGGCGGACAAUCCGAUGUUGAUCAAGCAGGAACAGACAGACUGAUGCACACGGAUGCUGCACAAAGUGUUCUGGAGAUGGGAUAUAAUCCUGACGUCAUACGCAGAGCUAUAAGAAUGAUCAUUUCCUCAGCAGGUCGUGAAAGUUUAACUGCUACAAACUUAAUGGAAAAGAUUUUCGAAAUCGAGGAUUCCCAGACUCAACAAAACACUAUACCUGACGAUACAGAAACAAGUCAAGGUCGCCAACAAGACGAACAGUCCCGCCGCACAUCAACAGUAGUGGACAGAAAUACCACGGAUGAAGCUAGCGUGUCACUGAACUCACAGAGAGAGUAUAGUGAAGGUACAGAAAGUAGAGAAGCUACUGGCGGCGACAGUCGUACAGCGAACGAAAAGGAGAAGAAUAAGAAACCACAUGACACAACAAAGACAACUACGUCAAACGAAUGUGCCAGUAGUGACCGAGGCACUGGAUCAAAUCAGAGUAUAGCCGUUCAAAACAGACAACUAGACAUACCAGAUACUGCACGUAAAGCUCAUUUAUUGGAGCAGAAAAGACUUAAAGAAGAAAACAAGAAACUAAAACAACAAUCAAUUUGUACGAAGUGUAAGACCAAUGAUGUAUGUAUUGUAUUUCUACCGUGCGGGCAUCUUGUCACGUGCGAAGAAUGUGCACCUACUGUAAGAUAUUGCACGGUUGACACGUGUGGAAAGUACAUCAAAGGAACCGUACGCACGUAUUUAGCUUAAUACAUGAAGUAACUUUGUGUUUAGUACAUAUAUCUAUAUGUAAUGAGAAAUCUUUCGGCAUAAAAAUAAUUGUCGAAAACAUUUGUAAUGGGAAUUAUGACAACAUAUGAAAUGUUUUGAAGAGCACCCAUACCAACAAGUUCUUACUAGUGUUGUAAAUAUUCAUAAAUUUAAAUAAUAGCGGGUAGAAAUAUUGAAAAAAAGGUGAAUUCGUGGUUGUGGUAGGGAACCAUGAAGACAUAUAUAGCGCAACAUGUACAUUAGUAUACUACUGUUGCAAAAGAGUGCUGAGCUUAACCUAGUGUUAAUAAUUAUCAGUCAACUAAUAUUAGUAAUAUGGGAAAUAAAAUAAAAAGAAAUCUGCGGUAUUCAGACACAACGUCAGUAUCAGUGGGAGAACAUGCACAUGCAUAUAUGUAUGCGGAGACAGUAUGGUAACAAUGUGUUGUAAAUUCAAGCUGUAUACUGUCGGAAAAUUAAAAAAAGUGAAGCGCUUAUAAUACAGUCGUGGUAUGCUUGGAUAGAGUUAGAUUACUGUUGUAAACUGGAGCGAAAACAUGGCUUUUGGCAUUAUAAAUUUGGUCAGUAAUGUUUAAUCUACCUCACUCGGUAAUCUAGUCAGAAAGACAGCAACUUUUAACCAAGUUUUCAAGGAAAUGACGAAAACUGAAGUUACUGUUUAAAUUUUAUGAACGUUGGAUCGUUUUGGUUCCGAUGACUUUAGCUGCAUUGCAGAAAAUUCGACGGAGCUUCGGCUAUGGCGCCUCUGCGGUCAAAAUAAAUAUGACUGUUAUUUAAAUGUGUCAGUGAAAGUUGUUAUGUUUUCGCACAUCAAUUAUAGAACUACUCUUCAAUGUACAUGUAUGAUCAGUGGGGAAUUUCGUUUAUGCUCUGUAACUAUUUACUGCGGAUCUAGUUCGGCAUAAUGGCAUUUAUUUGUACAAUAUUGGACAGAAUGUAGGGAUAUGUUAGUUGUUUGAGAUUUAGCUUUUAGUUUUUGAAUUGAUAUUUCAUGACAUUACUUCAUCGGUGUGGUUCCGUGGAAAAAUUGCACUUUUGAUGACAUGUUUUGAGUAUAGAAAAGUUCCGCAGUGUACAGUUUAAUGAAACUUCUUAUUUGUAAAUUGGCCAAUUUUCAGUCAUAUGGUCAAAUAAAAUGUAUUUGUCCAUGUGCUAAGUUUUUCACAAUUCACCAACCCUUACAUUUUUGCAUAUUUAUUAAUGCUAUUGUUUUAAAUUAGUUUACAUCAAAACUAAUCUGUAAUCAAAAUUAACCAUAAGAAAUACAGUAGCUCCGAUUGUUUAACACUUAAGGAUUACAUGGUGUAAUAGUCAUAUUUCAUAUCUUGUAACUGGAUGGUAAUAUUCAAAUGAAAUUUGGUCACUUUAAAGACAUUCAAAAUUAAAAACGUUUCACCGCGAGAUUUUUUGCGGUAGAAAGCUGCAUUAUAUUAUUCUGAUGCAAAUAUCAAAAAGCAAUCUAAAAUUCUACGUAGGGAAAAGGAGAAAAAUAUGGGAGAUAACUCAUGAAAAACCAAAAUUAUCCGGGGAGGUAAUCUAAAGGAAAUUUUUGAGAACUUAUGUCACUAUAUGACUUGUCAAUAUGCACCUUAUUUCUAUCGUUUGACAUUUUCAAAGCUUACAUUAUCAAGUUGUAUGUACGCUUUUGUGAAAUUGAAGCCUAUUACGGGUAGUCAUCCUUAAUGUACCGGAUAUGAUAGUUACACUUCCGAUAUAAUAGCUACGAGGCAUUAAUUAUUACACGUUUUCCAGAUAUAUGACGUAACGACGUCAUUUCCAGUUAAUUCAAACAUGCAGAACUUUAAAUAUUUAAUUAAUAUAAUAGGGUUAUUAUAACAGUAGUUCGAUCCAGGAUGGUGUAUUCGGCUCGAGUAGAUUUUGCCAGAUCUGAUCUCACGGGGCGCGCAAUCGCCGAGUGGGAUCCAUCCUUGCAAAAUCCAAAUCCCAGAUCUAGCUACUGUUGUAAUGACCCUUUUAUUAUAUACCUCCAUCUUUUUGUUUCUUUAUUUGUAAUCGAACAAAAUCUUAAAUGUUUGUUGAUGUUAAUAUGAAAUGAGUGAUGUUUUUGUACGCGAUAUUUAUAUAACUGUGUCAGCUCAUGCAUAUUAAUGAAAGUAGCCCGGCAACAUACAAUACGGAAGGUACAAUACGGGAUUUUGGAAGGUACAUUACUGGAUUGUUUUCAGUCUGUUCGCAUUUCCUUGUGAAAUGCAAGCUGUGUUUUUGACAGAAUUUAUAUAGGUGUAUAAUAAAAUAGCCUUCUCUUGCCAGCAUAGCUUUAUUGCUCAAGCCUGUUGCAAAACAUUUACUUACAUAUUGCCUGUGCUUAAUUAAAAACUUCAUAAAUAAAUAAAUUCGUAAAUUAUGAAAGUAGCACCAAGUAAUGAAGAGAAUAUAUUAGUGAUGCUUAACUGAAUUUGAUGGUUCAAUUUAUGUUGUAGGGAUAAUUUUUUUUUUUUUUUUUUUUUUGCGUAUUCUAGCAUAAAACUGCUGUUAUUGUCACUUUUACCGAGCUCGAGUACCAACUAGUCUAAAUAAUGAGACCUCAUGUAGACCGAUUUUACAUUCGGAUAUUUCACGUUGUCUGCCCAGAGGGGGGUAUCGACCAGUCAAAAAAUGUAACGAUAUUCAACUCUUCGAGUACAAUUAUUUUAACUAGAAUACCAACCAAUCCCUCGGGAUUCUGCAGAUUCCAACGAUCCCAAGGCAAUGGUUGGUGCAAACGAAUUUUUAGGGAUUUUGAAGAUGUUAUGGCACGAAAUGAACGUAAAGAAACGCUAUUCUAGCAUAAAAACGUAAAACCUUAUACGAGGGGUGAUCGCGAAGUACGUAUAAAUUUAGUGUGAUAUGUGUUCUAUCGCUAAUAAAAGAAUUGAAAAAUAUACCACAAUAAUGUUUAAUGAAUUACGAUACUCCCUAAUAAAUAUUAUACGGAUCCAUUAAAAAGUUUUACAGUUACAUCGAUCCUAAAACAGUCACUAUGCGUCACUCGGUGCACACCAAAAAUGUCAUCCAGGUCCAACGAACGGCGCACUUUUUCUACGUAGUCACCGCGCAAGGCUACACAUUUCUGAUGUCUCGAAAUCCACUUGGUAAAUAUAUGUACCAGUCUGUGUCAAGUAAAUGUCAUUGUCCCUCAACGUCAUUAAAUUUCCGUGAAAUACGCAGGAAUGUCUGAGAUAUUUUUUUUCUUGGUGGGUGGAGGGGUAACGUUGAUGUCAUUUCUAUUUGAAAUAUGCGUUUUGUGGCCAUAAUGCGUUUACUCUUUGCCACGGAACGCGCGUAUAUAAAAAAGGUGUUUUAAUAGCAUCUAAGCGCGAGAAUCUCCCACUACAACCCCGAAAAGUGACAAGAAUGGCAGUUUAUACUAGAAAAUCUGUUAAAAUCUAUAGGUUAGUUCACUUAAUAGAGACUUAAUGGAAAAACGAUACGUGUCUUAAAGAAUAUCUGAUAAAUUUUGUAUUUGAUUUAUUACAUAAAGUAAUGGUUGUUCAAAGCGGUUGUAACGUUAUGAGUUGUGUAUAGUUAAUUAAAACAUAAA